UUGAAACAAUGGAGGAUAUAAUGGAGGCUUUUGACAUCAAGGACCUAACCAUUCCCCAAGUGGGGGGUUCCCAGCCCAUGAGGGAGAACAAUAGUGAUGUCCCCCAUGUCAGCAGUCGUACAUCCCACAGCCUGGCUAUGGCUGGUGUCGGCCCCUCGCACCCGACGACAUUCCUGAGUACGGAUUUACCCACGAGUUGUACCUCUGCAGCGUCUAGUCACGACUGGUACCAGCAGGCUUCUGGUGUGGGUCCUAACGCUGAACACUGCUUCAGCCAGGCACACCCAUGGUUCUCCAAAAACACCACCAGGAAAACCCUCUCAGACGUCAACGUCUUCAAGAGAUUUUGCUCCGCUCCUCCGUUCAACGAGCCCCGCCCUCCCGAGGAGAUUCCCCCUUCCGAACUCUCCCCACUCCUCAUUUCCUACUUCACGUCCUGCAAGAAGAACAACGGACAGAACUACGAGCCAGAGUCGCUCAACAGCAUGCUACGCUCAAUGGAGCGCUAUCUCAAAGCCAGCGGUUACGCCUACAGUGUCGUCCAAUCGGAGGAAUUCCGUGAACUCCGUUUGAGUAUCAAGCGAAGAAAGGACGAGCUCAAGGAACUGAGUCACGUGAAGAACUCGGCUGAAAUUGUGUCAAACUCGAAGAAAAAUUUCCCCACGGAUGAGGAAGAGAUGAUACUGUACUCCAAAGGAGUGGUCGGACUGACGAACCCUUUCAGCCUGCUGUGUGCGGUUUGGGUCAACAACUCGAAGCACUUCCGUAUCAAGUCACGCGAGACGACCGUCGGUCUGCGGUGGGGGGAGAUCCAGCUAAAAAAGCUAGCCAAUGGGACGGAGUAUCUGGAGUAUAUGUCGCUGACAACGGAAAACUCAGUGGCACGAAAGGCGUGGGCUGUGGGUCAGGGGAGCCUCUCGUGUCCCGUAGUGGUGUACAAACAGUACGCGCUGCACCGUCCCGAGGCCAUGAUGCACCCAGACGCACCCUUCUACCUGGGCUACUGGAGGAAGAUGCCAACAGGCAAGGUGUGGUACCGUGAGCAGGGGCUCGGGAAGGAGAGCAUCUUAAGGAUGAAGACAUUACUGAAGGAGCAGGCACAGAACAUGAACAUUCCAGUCCCUGUCUGGUUACAGGUGCUGAUCCAUCCAGAUGCAACCUCUGACACGACCUCUGACAUGACCCCUGACACGACCCCUACCUUAUCUAGGGGUCCAGAUCCAGCUCCCACUACCUCCUCCUCCACCCGGCUUUCGUCACCCCCUAACAUGUUACCCACCCCAACUGCAAUAUUGUCUAACCCCCCUACAAUGUUGUCCAACCCCCCUACAAUGUUGUCCAAUCCCCCUACGAUGUUGUCAAACCCCCCAGCUGUGUUACCCACCAACCCUGUCGUGUUACCUACUCCCCCUUCCUUGCUACCUCCCUUUACCAGUACUGGUACCCCCCUUCCAACACUCCAGACAUCAUCCUUCACAGAGUCAUCCCACAUGACUUUCCAGACAGCGACUAGACAUGUACCUGUCCGUAGUCCUGAUCCAGCUGAGCCACCACGGAAGGCUCCAUGCCUGACACCGGCAGUCCGUCGGACAAGCAGAGCAGGUGACACCUCUGUCCUGCCAUCACCAGUGCUAUACCAGGUUCCUGUCCACAACACUUCAACUAGAGAUCCUCCCACCAGCCUACAGGCCAACCAGUCUGUCAAUCAACAUGCCAAUCAAGUUGCCAAACAGUCCACCGCUCAAAAUCCUAGUCAGGUUGAGCUGCAUGAGAAGCUGCAGGUACUGCAGGAAGAGAAGGUUCAGCUGCAGCAGUCAGUACUAGUGUUAGAGCGAGACAAGGCCGUUCUUCAGGCCAAACUGGCUCAGAUGAAGCUGGCUCUCAGGGAGAUGGAGAUGCAGCCAGCGGGAGAAAGUAACAAAGUUGGCGAUGCGACGCAGACCUUCAUGCUGGAGAUGCAGAAGAACCUGAUCGCCCAGUUCCAGGAAAACAUCAUCCGGCUGCAGAGGGACUUCCUGGAAGAGAAACGGAAGGCCGUGGAGGAGACCAAGAGGAAACAAUGGUGCAUCCAGUGUGGAAAGGAGGCCAGACUCUACUGUUGCUGGAACACCAGUUACUGCGACUUCUCCUGCCAGCAAGCCCAUUGGCCAGUUCAUAUGAGCACAUGUCACCAGCAGACCAAUCAGCAGCGGCCACCAGCUGCACCUCAGCCAAUGGAUGAAGAGAGGAGUCUUGUUCCCAGGUCACAAGCGAAGACUCUCCUUCCCAGGCCAUUCCUCCAACAGCCAGUCAUCAUUCCAGCUAAGGCGGAGCCGGAUUCGUCCAGCCAGCUGACCGUUGCGGGCGGUUCUGUGGCCAGGUUUGGCCAGGUAACAGCCAGUCGCGGCCCGCCCCGGUGUGUAGACAUGCAGGAAAGGGAGGAAGGUGAGGAGGACGGUGGCAGCCCGGCACCGAUGAAUGCCUCAGGCAACGGCACCGAACGGAGGAAGAAUGACCACACCUACUCACAGAAGUAG